UGCAGUGGCUGUGGGGUUGGAGUUGCAUCUACGAGCUGCUUCAUGUCCAAUCUGGACUGCCCAACAUUACUUAUAGGUCUCCAUUGGACACCCCGGCGGGAAGCGCCAGGUAAGCAGUUGAAAAGUCUUGUUGACAGAUUUCGAUCCUACCCAGUUCACUUUGGUGAUUUGGCAGGACCGUCCCUUGGUCAUCUGUGGUCCUAGCCGCCAUGGCAGAAGCGCCACUCCACAGCGGUCUCCGUGCGAGACAGCGAGCAACAAAACACCCAUGGCCAGGUCAAUGACUCCCCUACUUUGCUUUACUUUUUAGUCUAAACAUGUCUUGAGUUCCCACUAGAGCUGAGUGCAGCGGUCUCUACUCACCCAAAGGUGGGAACCCUACUAGACUUGUCUUUUCUCUUGGGUUCCCACCUUUGGGCUGUUUCCGAUCCAACCUCACCCUCCUGUCCGGCUGGAUUCCUCGCUGCUGAUCCGCAGAGUCCCGGCCUUCCCGGCGGCGCGUCGCUUCGCUUCGUCGACGCGAAUGGCGCUGGUGCUGGGCAACAGCUGCUCCCCUGCGAAGGAUGGCAAGCGCUACAACUGGACCUUCUACGUCCGGGGUGCCACGGAAGACGCCUGGUGAGGUUUGUGUUCAGGAGUUGGACUCCGUCACCAUCAAGCUGCAUCCGACCUUCAAAGAUCCGGUGCGCGUACGACAGGAGCCACCCUUCGAGUUCCAGUCUCGAGGUUGGGGCACCUUCGACAUCGUGGUCUUAUUGAAGUGGAAGAACGGCUCCAUACACCGCACCAGCUGGGAGCUGCAGUUCGACCAGCCGGACGCCUCCAGACCACUGGACCUCCCACGCGCCGCGCCCGCGGCGCCUGCGGUGCCCGCGGCGCCUGCGGCGCCCGCCGCGCCUGUGCCGCCGCGCACGGUGCCUGAGGGCACUAUGGCGCCCAGCGUGGAGGUGCCGCCGGUGGCACCGUGGGAGGAAGAGCAUCGGGAUGUCUUCGAAGCACGUGGGAGUAUUGUGGGAGUGGAUUCAGCGGAUGAGGCGAUGGUUGAGGCCGCUGAAGAGGAGGCGACCGAUGGGCCGGGUCCACCACCUGAGCUGCUGCGGGAUACCAGUGCCGGCACUACGGACGACGACCCGACCCGCGCCUCCAUUUGCGAGCGCUUGCGCAGCACGGCGUACCUGCCCCACUCGCAUCCGCAGUUCAUGUUCGGCCGUGGCUAUGGAGGGCCGCUGAACGCCCCGAAGGUUCUGUGGAGGAGCGAUCAACCUCCCAGGAAAGAUCACUCCUGUCCCAAGUGGUUGACAGCCACCGAAUUUGAAGAUCAACCGGAGGUGAUGGCUGCCAAGGUCAAAGAGCUGGCGAGGCUCAUGUUGAUGUCACGGAAGACAGUGGCCUACACUGGCGCAGGCAUUUCAGCAGCCGUGAUUGGACAAGCCGCCCUCAGCGGGCAACACACCGUUGGAUGGAAAGCCGACACGCGUGCGGCGCCGCCCACCUUUACUCACCAUGCGCUGGGCUUCUUGGGGCGCCAGGGUUUGUUGCAUGGCUGGGUGCAACAGAAUCACGACGGGCUCCCGCAGAAGGCUGGGUUUCCCCAGGAGCGCAUCAAUGAGAUCCAUGGCAGUUGGUAUGAUCCAGGAAAUCCGGUAGUGAAGUACAGUGGGACUUUGCACGAGAGGUCCUAUCCCUGGAUGCGAGAGGACGCCGACACGGCCGACCUUUGCCUAGUCUUGGGCACCAGCCUGGGUGGUCUCAAUGCUGACCAGGUGGCGACGAAGACGGCCGACCGCAGCCUGCAGCCUUCGGCUCCGCCCGAGGGCGUGCUGGCACCGGGGGCCUGGGUGAUGCUGCGGCGUGGAGGGCGGAGCUUCAAGGGCUGCGUGACGAAGGUGGAGGAGAAGGACUUCCAGGCACGCUUUCGGCCAGCGGCCGAUGAUGACUCGGAAGAAGAAGACGACCGUUUGGGGGAAGUCGUGACGAUCUCAAAGUCGGAGAAGUUUGACCUGCUGCCCUCGGUAGGAGGUGGCCUGGGCACGGUGAUCAUGAACCUGCAGCAGACGGCACAGGAUGGCAAGAUGACCUUGCGGCUCUUUGGCAAGUCGGAUGAGAUUUUGCGGCUGCUGUUGCCCGAGCUAGGCUUCGGCUUGAGCAUCGUGAAGCCGCCUGUGUGGCCUAAGGUCUCUCGGGCGCUGGUGCCCUACGAUGCCGAGGGCCGGCGUCUGCCUCCACGCGCGAAGCGGAUGUGGUUGGAUCUGUCCAGGGGACAAGAGGUACGACUCACCCCCGGGCACAACAUCCAAGGUGCCAAGCAGCCGCAGUACAUGCACAUCGGUGCCGCGAAGCCCAUCACGGUGAAGGGCGAGACGCGGAAGCCGGGCGUGGGGCUGGGCCGCGUGGUGAACCGAUGUGACAAGACUUGCAGCUUUGUGCUGCAGAUUGAAGGAGUGCAGAUGCGCUUGGGGAUUUGGUGGUUGGAGAGCGCCAUGCGGGGCGGCGUGCCGGUGCUGCCGCUGGUGAACCAGGCACCCAGCUUUGAGGAAUGAGGAGCGAGCGAGCCUCUGGCGGGGUUGAGCUGACCGGUGAGAGGCAUUGUUCGGAAUGGCCCUGAGCUGGGUGGCCUAAGAGGACUG